AGUUUCGCCCGUUAAUGCUCAUUAGUACAGCAGAACUCAACUACAACACCCACGACUACACCACUCACCACUAUACACUAUACAACUACACACCAUACAACUACACACUAUACAACUAUACACUAUACAACUACACACGUAGAACUACAGAUAUACAACUCCACACGUGCAAAUACACAUAUACAACUUCACACUUGCAACUAUACACAUACCAUACAACUACACAACAUACAACCACACUUCACCAGAACAUCUCAGCAAGUCCAAAUAUGAUUUCCAACUCCAACACCUCACACCCAACCAUCUCACCUGCGCUGGGCCUCACAACACCCUUGAUGUCGCGAGAAAGUGCCUGGUCGUUGCGAGCAAACUCAGCCUCGCUCACCCACACAACCGACAAGAAACCCAGCGCCUACCAGCGCGUCCCCAACGAACUCAUCGUCAUGAUCCUCUACCACGCCCUAGAAAUGAGCAAGCAAAGACCCAUCACCUAUCGGGCAUUCAGCUGCCACAUCGCCCCCCGCGGCAGGCUAGCACGCUUCCUUACACUAAACCGCACGCUCUACCCCAUGGUCCUAGAAGCCUUCUAUAGGACCAACAAGUUCCUGUGCAACGACCGCUCCGAUGGGUAUAGGCCUAUCCCGCCAUACGGCGUCUAUCUGCCUCCACCAGCGAUCCGCGCGCAGCUGCGCCGCCUCGAUAUCACCGUCAAAGUGAGCAGCUGGUACUUUAACGCGGACGAAGUUGCUGAGCAUCAUGUGCGGAUGACGGCGGGUGAUAAGACGGCGUUGCCUUAUAGUGCGCUUGAGAAGCGCGUGACGUGCGUGCGUGAGCUGCGGCGAUCGACGGGGUGGAAGACGCUGCUUGAGCUUACGGACGCGGAGGUGGGGUUUGCUCGGUUGGAGGAGUUGAAGGUUAAGAUCGAGACUGAAAUUGGAGUAAAGUAUGAUGGGGAGUUCUUGGAUUUUGUUAGGCAGGCUGGUAUUGUUAUCAAGGCGCGUAAGGUGGUGAUUGAGGGCGGGAAGAAGAUGUUGGAGAAUUUGUUGAAGGUGGACGCGAGCGAGGUUGAGUGGAUUAAUACUCCCCGCUUGCAUUGGCUUUCGGACUUCAAUGCACGAUUAACGGGUGUAUAGGUAGGUUAUGGGGGUGCGGGGAAGGCUUCAGUGCAUGUUGUGAUGCUGCAGGCUGGUCACAUCAAGUAGCGUGGAGGGACUCAAGGC